GGGGGUUAUAACCUUCAGGCGACAGCAGAGGGGGUUGCAGCCUGUGUCAGAGCUCUUCUGGGUGGAGCCUGUCCUCCCCUGACUCUGCCCACUGCUCCCUCUGACAGUGCUCUGCAGUCCAUCUCUCAGACCAUCUCAGCUCAGUGUCCAUACUGGGCAUCACUGCAGGUCUUAGGUGAUCCAUCGGCUGACGGUGAUGUUAUCAGAGCAUCAUCCGGUGAGAAGAGCACCAUAACUGCUUCCCCCACCCCAUCUGUUUCCAUGACAACUGGCCUGGUCUAUGACGAGAGGAUGAUGGAGCACAUGAAUCUGUGGGACAGACAUCACCCCGAACAGCCGCAGAGAAUCUUUAAGAUUUUCUCCAAACAUCAGCAGCUGGGGCUGGUCCAUCGAUGCCAGCAGAUACCAGCUCGCCUAGCCACAGAGGAGGAACUGGCCAUGUGUCACAGCAUGCAGUACAUUGGGCAGAUGAAGGCGACAGCCAUGAUGAAGCCUCGAGACCUUUACAGACUGGGACACGAGUUCACCUCCGUCUUCCUCAACAAACAGAGCUUCCAAUGUGCCCAGCUGGCUGCAGGAAGCUGCUUUAAUGCUGUGGACUGCAUCCUGGAUGGACAGGUAAGUGGAAAAAUAUCACGUGUGCUUUUCAUGGCUCAACUGUGUCACUCCUGA